ACUGUAGCACCGUGACUUCCCUUCUCUGUUAAAGGAUCCGGUUCCUGUGAAAAGGGCCAGACGGGAACAGGGGAGACCCAAACCCUACCCCCGCCGCCCCCCAAAUUCCCUACCUAUCCCGCCGGAACACCGCGAGUUGCUCGCCCGAGUGCCGUCUUCCCCGACGCCGAGUCGCCGCUGCCGGGGGUUCGCGAUGCCGCCGUAGCUCUAGUUGAUCGGAAUCUGAUCUGACGGAGCACCGGCGAUCGACCAGCCACCAUGCCGGGAACCGGAGGCGCGACCGUCCUGGACGACCUUCCAGAGUGGAUCGUUGUCGAAGAGAUCCUCGUCCGUUUGCCGCCCAAGGACAUCCUCCGCUGCCGCGCCGUCCGCAGGUGGUGGCACACUGCCACCUCCACCGACAAGUUCAUGCUGGACCACCACCGCCGCCAGCCCUUGCUCCCGAUCCUCAGCCACGUCGUCGUUCCGCAGAAAGCCCGCCUCCUGUUUUCCUUUGAUGCCGGUGCAGGCCAGCAGAAACUCUGCCCUGUCGUCCGGACCUAUGACUACGGUAAACUGCAGGCCGCCUGUGAUGGCCUCCUCGUUGUCUCCCACGGAUCCAUGACGGAUAAGUUCAUCUGCAACCCUGUCACCCGCAAGUCUGCCCGCCUAGCAAAGCCUCAGGCCCAACGGGGUUUUUACCACCAGAUUAUCGGCUUCUACCGGCACCAACCAUCCAGAGGAGAAUUCCGAGUGCUAUGGAUCUCUAGGCCGACGACCUACAAUUCAUACGACACAAAUUACAGAACUUUCUACUACGUCAUAGUGGUGGGAUCCGAUAAUACAAGAUGCAUCAGACAAGGAUGCAUCCCACAACCAACAUCCUCGCCGCCUUCCUUGGAUCUGGCUUUACGCAGGGGCCUGCCUGAUUCGUCCCAGUAUCCACCAGUCCACCACCGUGGCGGCCUGCACUGGAGACUUAGAAGAUACCACGGCUCCGAUGCGGACUACAUAAUGGUGUUCAACACAGCAGCUGAAACAUUUCGAUUGAUGUGUCGUCCUGCCCGAUUGGGCAACUGCUUACAUGAGUCAUUGCUGGAGAUGGAUGACACUCUUGCUUUGUGCAGCAUCUGCAGUGACAAACACACCAUAGACUUUUGGGUGCUACAGGACUACGAUGCUGAAACAUGGUCUUUCAAGCAUCGGAUUAAUUUGAUUGGGGUGGAUCCAUCAGCGCUUGUUGAUCCAGAGGUCAUAAUAGCCCCUAGUAUGGCUGUUCUCAGUGGGGGUGAGAUGCUGAUUCGGUUUACUCAUAGGGGUGUGUUGCAUUUUGAUGUUGAUGGCAAGUUUUUAGGAUAUGUGAAAAGCCAAGAUGGCCAAGAAAUCAAUUUGUGGGUUACCGGGCAUUACCUCCAGGAGAGCAUUAUUCCCGGUCCACUGUUCCAUGAGAUGAGAGAAGAUGAUGGUGCGAACCAGGAGCCUCCAUUUUUUGUAGGACUGUAGGAUGCAGUGCUUGAUCUGGACGUUCUACACUGCUGGUUUGCAGCGCCAUUGGAGUAUCUAUUCUAAUUCUAUAUGAGCCUUUACUUUUGUUCUUAGUUGGUCUUCUUAGUGCUGCUUGUAAAACUGAACAAUUCGGAUGGUAGGAGAGCUCCUCUGCUAUCAGCAUUUGGUGUCUAUUAUCUUGGAUUUAGCAUAAUGAUGGACUACUUACUCUA